GAAAGACGUCAUAGGGGCUUAAUUGAUUGUACGUCGACGAUAUGUCGAAGUGGCAAUUGCAUCUCUUUUUAAUGGUAUAGCAGACAAUGGCGCGAAACACGCCCGUGGGGAAGAUGUGUUCAAUAAUCGGCGAAUAUCGUACAUGUACACGGGAGACCCUAGACCCGACGAGGGUCGAUGAAUAUUGAGACCAAAUAGAGCAUCCAAAAAGAGUAAAAACUCAGACGUUUCAUGAAAGUUUUGUCAGUUAUUUUUUCCGAUGGAUGUUAUACGAUACUGCAAUCCCUUACAUCUGAUUGACAAGGAGGAAAAUGCUGCACCUGGGGAGCGUUUCAUUAAAGGACUUAUCGGGCAUUUUAUCUUACAAAGUAUGUUCCAUACGACGGUGACCAUAGUAACGGCUGUGCUUCUCAGCCAAUCAAAAUCAAGGGAGUUGUCAGAUCUGACAAUUUGUCAGAUGAAAUUUUUAAAACUCCAUGGCAAGGAGGCAUCCUCCCAGCCUCAUCCUCUACAUGAUCUUAACCAUGCUAAACGGUGUUAUGAAAUCGGAAAACACUGGUGAAAAGAGCACUGUGCUUUGAGAUCCCAAGAUCUGAAUCCCCAUCGAUACGUUGUAAAACCGCAAAGUGCGUAUUUUCCUCGCGAAAAGCAGAGUGGGAAGGGCGGUCCUCAAGAACACAAAAGCUCUGAGUAGUCAUUAUAGCGAAUGACACUUCAGUGUAUGCGUUAAUAUUGUAUCAUUGCAUCAACCAUAAUCAAAAUCAAGGAAAGUUGUAAGGUGUGGAAUAUAAUAAGACAACAAACCCUGCGACAAAUGUUGAUGGAAGUCUACCUUAGUCUCGAAGAACCCCUUUAUUACAUGUACUAGUUAUUUGAAUAUCUGUGCCAUACGAAGUUAAAGAUUUUGUUGCCCGUAAAGUGUACACCUCGGUGACGAAAAUCACACAAACGAAACUGACGUUGACCGCCCUUCAACAGACUAACCUUGCAAAAACAAAAUACAUUGUUGUUUUAAAUGGCUCACGUGAGUAGGCCUAUAACCAUACCAACUUGAAGACAGAAUACAGCUGCUGUGAAACAAAAGCAUAGUCGGCCUAACAUAGAACUAGUGUAACAUUUGCGCUGUUUCUUGACUUAGAAUGACUUAAUACACUUAAUACAUUUUUAUUUUAAAGAUAGAGAGCAGUUAUCUCAAGAGUUUACGUCAAUUCCUAUUAACUCAAGAAAUAACAAUAGUUGGAGAGAAUUUCAUGCGAAAUUAUAGGUUUAUUUUACCGUCUCAUUGGCAUUUUACUUUCACCAAGCUUAGCAGGAGGUUCAGAAGCAUAUCAAUUUUCUGUGGGGAGUUAUGCCAUCGUAAAUCUUUGGAAGGAUGUUAAAAUUCUCUAAAAUUUCCUAGCCCUGGUGAUAAUCUAGCGUAAUUUUGUAGCCUAAGAAAUUUGCUUUCCUAGAUCAUGGUGGUACUAUCAUGGUAAAAUUUGAUGUGCCUGUGAAGAGUGGCAUUUCUCGUCUUGAACAUGAAAUCGAACAUGAAAUGUAUAAUGUAUGAGAACUAAAACGUUUCUCUCUCUCUCUCUCUCUCUCUUAUUAAUCUUUUUGACAGGAUGUCACGAAACGCGUAUUUAUGGGCGUGUCUCCUCCUAGGAGCUCUUUGCCUCCUUAUCGCCGCCAACAGCGUCAAUGCCGACGGUGAACUGACGGAAGACGAUGUCGAGAAAAGAGCAAACUACUUCAGAGGUAGGGGUAAGAAACCCGGAAAGCGGGGUGAUGGCGAUGCAGCUUUGGUCGAUGAUACUUUGACCGACGAGGAAAAGAGAGCAAAUUACUUUAGAGGUCGUGGACGGAAAGCUGGAAAGCGCGACGACGGCGAAGCAGCUCUGGUUGAUGAUUCUUUAACAGAUGAAGAGAAGAGGGCAAAUUACUUCAGGGGAAGGGGUAGGAAGGCUGGAAAACGAGACGAUACCAUCGCAGAUUUGGUCGAUGAUGCUCUAACCGACGAGGAGAAGAGAGCGAAUUACUUUAGAGGUCGUGGACGCACAGCCGGAAAGCGCGACGACGACGAAGCAGCUCUCUUAGACGAUUCUUUAACAGAUGAAGAGAAGAGGGCAAAUUACUUCAGGGGAAGGGGUAGGAAGGCUGGAAAGCGAGACGAUCCCAUGGAAGCUCUGGACGACGACACUCUUACCGAUGAAGAGAAAAGAGCAAAUUACUUUAGAGGUCGUGGACGAAGACCCGGAAAGCGCGACGAUUUUGACGCAGGACUAGUAGAUGAUACUCUGACAGACGAGGAGAAGAGGGCAAAUUUUUACAGAAAUCGGUUCCGCAGCGGAAAGCGAAGCGAUGAUAUCGAAGAUGUCUUGACCGAUGAAGAAAAAAGGGCAAAUUACUUUAGGGGCCGUGGCAGGAAAGCCGGGAAGCGAGACGACGAUGGCUUUGACUUGGCCGAUGAGAUUGAUGGUGGACUUAUGGAUGAUGAAAAGAGGGCUAACUUCAGGGCUCGCCAGCGGGGAAGGAUGGGCGGCAAGUAAACAUGUCUGAUAUUGCAGCGUGCAUGGCAUGUUUUAAAAAAAUAUGAUUUAUCAAAUCACUCAUUCAUUUUUACGGCUUCAGUUUUCCGAAACCUAAUCAACAAAGUUGCGUAGAAAAAAAAAACCAACGAAAAAAAAUUGUAUCUGCAAAAAGGAUUGUUAUUGGGCGAUUCCUUGCUGUGUCGUACAUGAAUUUUUUACAACAUUUUACGUCUUUUUGACAUUGAUAGUGAUCCUCAUUUAUCACCAGAUGGGGAACAAAAACUAAGACUUGACAUGACCUAGUUACAUGUCCAUUACAAUUGAAAUGAAAAAAAAAUUACUGUGUAGGUCGAGACACAAAACGAAAAGAAACAACAAGGGGCGGACAACAAAAGCACGGAAUCGCCCUAAUCAAAAGAUGCACAACAUGCAUAAUAUGAAGAUAAUAUCAUUUAAAUUAUCGUAUCCCAACUAUAAAAUAAUUUAACUAUACAGGCUAACGUGUUUGUACCUUUUUUUGUAAAUAUGAAUUGGAAAGGCGGAGACGGACCGGGAGAUGCGGUAUGUACCGAUAUCCUUCCGAAUUCAAAGGCAGCAUAAGGCUAAUAUUGAAUUAAUAGAGAUGGUGUAAGUGUAAAUACUAAGAGGAGAGAUACUAUACUUCUUACGAAAUUGAUAAAAGACGAUUUAUUUUCAUUAUAAUUCUAAUCUUCAGAUCUAAUUUUCUGGUUCUGUUGCUGUCUAAUUCAAGCCUGUAGAAUUAUACAUAGCAUAUAUCUAUAUCAAUGUAAUAUGAUGUAAAUAUCAAACAGAAUUGCUGAUAUAUAUUAAAUAUUGAUUAAUGAUUGUCGAAAAAAAACCAAGUCGUUGAUAUUUUACGACAAUCGACGAACUAUUGAAAGAACCUGAAGAAAAAUACAGGAUACAUGAAGUUCACUGACCGUAUAAUUCGCCUGUGAUUUUGUUGAAAUACACUGCACUGUCUAUACUUCAUCGAAGAACUGUCACCUGGUAGAACUUUACACCUUCCCCUUGUAUUAUAUUUUGUGCAAUAAAAGAUGGUUACCGUUUAAGAGAAGUUCAGAUGGCCAAUCUAUGGUGCACUAAACAACAAAAAGAAAAAUAAAAAUUCAUGGAAAACAGUGGUAGCUCAUGAGUACUUUUUAAAUACUUUCUGACAAAAAGAAUUAAUUUGCUAUGUGAAAAUUGCGAAAGGAUUCGAUGACUUAGAAACAACAUUAUCCGGGAAACGUUAUAUUCUGUAAAUCAAAUGAUCUUUCCAUUUGGUUAUGUUGAUAUGUCAUGGAUGGUGGCAAAAGUGACAGCAUGAUCGUACUUGCCCUUGCCGCAUUAUUUUCGUGAAUCAUAUCGUUCAAAUGCUAACUAAAAUGUUAUGACCAUGAUUGUCAUAGCAAUCUCGAGAGGGAUAUGUUUUGUUCAAGUUGAUAAACGAAAUGUACAUACACACGUUGUUGUUCUGGACGUUUAAAACAAAAUAAACAAGUUAUGCAAAUUUAAAAAAAAUUAAUAGCUAGACAAAAAUGCUCCCAGCUGGCACAUCCUUUGCUUAUAGAUAUGUCAAUGUAAAAAAAUGGGGUUUAAGAAUGCAUCAAUCGAUGUUAUGAGGGGGAUCUACCAUCGGGUCAUUGAUUACACCAAAGGGAUUUUAAAUUAACAGCAAAUUGUAAUCAGUAUCACCAAAUAUGUGUUAUGAUAACACCAUGAAUUGGACACUGAUGUAAAAUGAUUGUUUUGGUUCUCUGUGAACACCGAUGGCGUAUUUUUAAACACCAAUGAUUUUCUAUAGUUACAUUAGCACUUAUAAGUGUAUUUUGUUAUCGUUUGAGGUGUGCUGUAGCUCGUUUAUCCUCUGAAUAAGGCUGUUUCCUUAACCUAAUACUAGAAUUGAAUAUUGAAUAUGGCAUAGAUGGACCAAUGGCCAAUGUUGGCUUCAAAUUUAGGACUGUGCCCCAUUUUGUGUUCAAUAAAUUUUUAAAAUCUUUAAGAUCUCAUACUUGUAACAGACUACCCAUUUCAGGCACGAUUGUUGCAUUUGUCUGGCAAUAAAAAAAGAAAAUCGA